AUGCCGAUGGGCUUCAUGCUUACCCCGUCCCAACAGGAAGUGAUCCCAAAGGAUUGUCAGCUUGGUCAGCAGACGGUUAUCCACGCCAUCAGCGGACUGCCCCAGCUGUCAGUGGACGCCCGUAGCUCUGCUGCAGCACCCCGGUCUCUGAGUGAUGUACAGCUGAACGUACGGCCUGAAGGCGCUGAUACAGCCGCGGGCAGUCUCCCCUCUUAUUUCGUGUUCUGUAAGCGGCCGUGUAAGGCGGUGAGGCCGGGGAAGCUGAGGGUCCGGUGUGGCACGUGCAGACAGACAACCCUCACUCUCAGCAGGGAUCCAAACUGUUGGGAGGACGUUUUGGUGCCCGGAAAGAUCCAAGGCAGGUGCCUGUCCAGAGGGUGUCCAGGAACCGUCGCCGAGUUUUACUUCAAGUGUGCGGACCACCACACAUCUGAGGAUGACACAUCUGUGGCACUGCCUCUGGUGAAGAGCAACACACAGAGUGUGGACUGUCUCGGCUGUACUGAUGUCAGGACCCCCGUGAUGGUGUUUGAGUGCGCUGACGGACACGUCAUGUGCCUGGACUGCUUCGCCCGCUACUGCGUCACCAAGCUGAACGACAGGCAGUUCGUCCAACAUGCCUCACUGGGGUACACGCUGCCAUGUCCGGGUGGCUGUGACAACUCCCUGAUUAAGGAGGUGCAUCAUUUCAGAAUGCUUGGAGAUGAACAGUACGACCGUUACCAGCGUUUCGGUGCGGAGGAGUGCGUGCUGCAGAUGGGCGGAGUGCUGUGUCCGGGGCGGGGCUGUGGGGUGGGGCUGCUGCCGGAGGGGAGCAGUAACAUGGUGGAGUGUGUGCGGCAGGCGGGCAGCGGCUGCGGGUUCGUGUUCUGCAAGCUUUGUAAGGAAGCCUACCACAACGGCCCGUGUGGUCAGACUGCGCCACAACCCUCAGCUCCGGCUAACAACUACCGAGUGGACCGAGAUCGGGCCCGCCGUGCACGCUGGGAGAGGCGCACAGCUGCCACCAUCGAAAGGACCACCAAGGCCUGCCCGGGGUGUAAGGUCCGCACCGAGAAAAACGACGGCUGUAUGCACAUGACGUGCCCGAGGUGCGGCUUCCAUUGGUGCUGGCUGUGUGAGCGGGAGUGGGGGAGGAACUGUCAGGACAGGCACUGGUUUGGGGAGGGGCGCUAAGGACUUUGACGUGAAACGGUGAAACGGUGUGUGCAGUAAACGACGCAUUCAGAUCCGUCCAUGCCAACACAAAUUAAACCCCAGGUGCCAGGUGUUCCGUUCUACUGUGAUCAAGUUGAGAUUUAGAGAGAUGAUUGAACUUGAUUCAUACGGCUGACUUACAUGUAGCGUACUCUUGGCUUUGACGUCAACCCAUGCAUCUUUCACAGGUCGUCAGCUUGUCCCCAAAGGAUUACACAGAUCACAUCUCACCAACCUUUUCUCCAUUAUGAUCUUUGGUACAAAGGUUUACCUCGUCGUCGUUGUGGUAUAACUAUCAGUUUUCACAGUUGAUCCAGUACAAAUGCUAACAUGGCAUUUAAUCAUUCCGGUUUGAAUGUUGAAAAGGAAAUUGGCAAAGUCAUUCCUCUGGAAGAAAGUUCAAGAUUAACCUCCUUUAGAUGCCGAGAAUGCGUACAAUCUCCAAUGCAUAUAUAUCUUUAAAAUGACAGUUGAUGUUAUAUCAGAUAUAAGCUCCUUGAUGUUAUUGAAGACUUUAAAGAAAUAGAUAAAUGUAGAUUAUAUUGUAUGUAGUUUAACGAUAAAAUUGCGAUAACUUGUGUGUGUGUAUCUAUAUAUAAUCUGAUAUAAAUCAUAAUGUAUUUUAACGUUAGUAAUUACUGAUUAUAUAGUUACCUUAGUCAUUUUUUAUGUACCCAGUAAUAAUAGCCCGUAAUACAUGUGAAUAGCCAGCAGUUAAUUGUACAACCUUGUCUGCACGCACACUAGCUAAUGUUAACCAAACCUGUAAACUAAACGAAUAAACUAAUGUAUCUGAGUGGA